AUGGCGGAUGUGCCCAUGGCUGGGAACCCUGACAACAUGGACACGCUUGUAGAUGACGAGACUGUUCCUGGCGAGCCAGCUUUCUUGCAGGAUCAGGCUGGGGGUGGUAACAAAUACAAGCUUUAUCUUGAAACAGUACACAUUUUAAAGAUGUUCAACAAGACCCACAAGGCGCAGAAGGUGAUCGUCCGCAACCUUCCCAACAAGUUGGCCAACAAGGCAUCUCCACCAAGUCUCGAAAGGGCAAAGGAGCAGUAUGCUCAGGUGCAUGGCAUGGAUCCUAGUGCUGUUACUGAGGAGCUGCCCGCAAAAUCUGAUGAAGGUGUUGAAGGGUGGGCUUGUCGCGGCCUAGAUUGCAGAGCACAUGGGCCGUUGGGGAACGCCUUGUACAGGGCAUUUCGCAAAAACCCAACCAUGGCCAAAACAUACCGCUGGUUGUUCGACGACCUCAAGGUCAAGUUCAGGCAGACUUGGGCAAUGUCAAGAAGUUUUGAUUUCGUCAGCACCAAGCGGGUCCAUUCCGUAUCCACUACCACCAAGCACGAAGAGAUUGGCACUUGGAAGAAUCAGUUGCAACUGGAGGCUCACUUUGGGGGAGUAGGGAUCGCAGAGGCCGAAAGGCAGGAGGCAUUUGUCCGGUGGAACUCCUGGACGGAAGCCCACAACUACUUGCUUGUGGAAAAGCUGGUGACCAAAGGCGAGGAGGAGUCAUGGAAGGAGAUGGCGAUCAUGGUGGACUCAUCAGCGACCUUUGAGACCGAAGCGAUGAAAUGUCAAGCUGUGAGGAAAUACGCUGCUUACUACAAGAUGCCGGUGGAGGAGGUCAAAACGGAAGCAGUGGUGAAUGAUUCAUGGGGUGUCCGUGGAUGGUGUGAGAUGAACAUCACCGUUCCAGGCAUCAAUGACAAAGAUGGGAAGGAGAACCAACAAGUAGAGGUGCAACCUGCAGCCAAGAAAGCAUCGGCCAAAAAGAAAAAACAGGUUCCAGCCCCAGAGCAAGGUGAAUCAGUUGGUGAUGCAAAUGGUCCCCAGCCCGCUCAGCCCAAGCCGAAAGAUCCCAAGCCGAAGAAGGCCAAGAAGGAGUUGACCGAGCUCCAGAAGAAUGAGACCACUUCGAAGGCUAUGUUGGCACAGCUGCAGCGUUCGCAGCAAAUCAUGUCCAAGGUUUCCGGCCAUGGGGAUCAAAUUCCCAGUGAGUGGAAGUGGGCGCUUCCUUUUCUUCAAGAAUAUGAGGCCCUUCUCACUGCAUUUACUGAGUCGCUUGCACCAAGGGAUGGUGAUGACAUCAAGGAUUUCGAUGAUGAGAUGAAAUUGAGUACCCUCGACAAGACGAAGACAAAGCAGUUCAAGAAUACCUACAAGGACCGCUAUGGCACACUGCUUGCACUCUUCGUUGACCAUCUUGCGCUUCAUCCGAGCCUGGCAGCCAAGCACGGCAAUGAGCACGUGAAGCUGCAUGCAGGUAGCGAUGAGAUGUGCCAAUGUGGCUGUCGUGGAUGGUGCACCUUAUUUCCGCUCUUGCUGGCGUGGGUGGAAGAUUUGAAAGCGAUGGAAAGUGGGUCGAAAAUCAGGGUUGUCGAGAUCACAGACCUGCAAACCCAGAAGGAGAUCUUUCGGAUCAGUCUCUUAUCGAUCAAAACUGAACUCUUUAGCUGGUACAAGUCCCAACGUUUAGACCCUGACUGGCGUGGAAAGGGCUCUGAAGUGUGGAAUCUUACCUUGGGAAUGCUCGGCACCACAGACCGUCCACAACUCCACGCGAAGGCAGCAGAGUCGCAUGGCCUCUUGAAGUUCAUGGCGUGUCUUCUCAAUUCCCACCUUGGCCGUUUUCGGGUGAAGAGUCAUACAGGAAAGCAAGGUUUCUCAAAGAAGCUGCAGAUGCAGCAGUUCGUUUUGAUGAAGUGUUUCAAACGCAACACCGAAGACUGA